AUGGCUCGCAAAUGUAGCCUGACGGCAUAUGAGCCAGUUCCAGGUUUUGAUUAUCUGCCCGAGGAUGGCCCGCCGAAGGAAUUGUCACAAGACGAAAUCAAGGAAAUUGCUCUGCAAGCAUUUUUCUAUGACUACACAAACAUGUGCGUGAAUUCUUCUAUAUCUGGAGGCUUUCUUGGUGGUUUGGAGCAGAUCGUUCAGGAUUUAGGGCCGCAGUCACACGUGGCAAACGCAUGCAAGGCUGUUGGUUUCGCCAGCAAUGGAUUAAAGUUGCGUCGAAAGUUUCUGAUCCAAGAGGGUGAAACCUUGUAUCACGAUCUGCUGGGAUAUCUGAGCAGCUCCAUGCAGACCUCGACUGCCAGCAGUCACGAGACAUUGGUUAUUGCCAUACUCUUAGGAAUGUACCAGAUGGUUGUUGCCGAAGAGGCGAAUCCAGGCCAUCAUACUGCCCAUGCUGGCGGGGUCGCUGCGAUUUUGCAGAUCGAUAACAACCCUCUGGAGUUGGUCCAGGCAGUUUUGUCAGGCCACCCCUUAGUUCUCAUUGGCAAGCAGCAGGAGGGUGUUUAUUGUUCUCGAAGCCCAGAGGACAGCGUCGAUCAGCAUUUAUAUAAUCUGCUGAUCAAGUUGAAUCCAAUUUGGAAGCGCACAGAGGCUCUCCUUUUGAGCCCCCCUGGCCCACUUUUCUUCGACGAGGUUAUGGCCCUCAGGUUGGAAGCAAUGUCACUUAACCAAGAUAUCGCCAUUUUGCAGGACAGUCAAAGCGCGGAAUACAGGCCCAGUACAAUGGAUCCAGGACUGCCACCUCGACCUAAUCCCGGAGCAGGUUACCGACAUGGCCGUAUCGAUAUGUACGUCGAUCUCUAUGUCGCAGCCUUAUGGAACUUUUCCCGCAUUGCACGAUGCUUACUUAUCACCCUUAUCAUCAUGCUUUCUGGCGUGCUCGAUGAUGACACUAAUCACGAUCUUUAUCAAAAUGAAGCUUUAAAUCUGGUAGAGGAUAUCAUUGCAUCAAUUCCGUUCCAUUUAUCAGAGGACUUGCAGAUUUUUCUCCGCGAGAGACACGAUAAUACCGAGAUCACCAAUGCUGGCCGGCCGGUCGGUGGUCUGUUGAUCAUGCACUCAAUAUACAUUGCCUCACACCUGGAGAUAUUCCCUAUGGAGGUUCGCGAUUAUCUCAAGACAUGUCUGGUCUGGAUUGGACGACGAAUGGGAAUUGGACAGGCUACUUUAUUGGCACAGGUAUUUUAUAUUCUUCGUCCCCAGUUCCUGGAUACGUCUGUCUGA